AUGCAACCAAAUACUAUUUCCGUUUCUAUCAAAGACAAAAAAUCCUCUGAAAAAAAAGACAACUUUGGUGUCAAAGGUGUCUGGGUUGAUCCACAAUGUGUCAUUGCUUAG